AACCGCAACAUAUGACUCAUGUAGAAAACAUUAGUGGUUUAUUUUUGUAAUAAUCGUUUAAAACAGGAAAUUCGUGUAAAUAGUUUAUUAGUUUAUGUCGAUUUUAUGUUGAAAAUAUGGUUUUAAUAAACGAUAAAAUCAUUAUUCGGUCAAAGGGCAAAAUUUGUUUUGUAACAAUGGCUGACUGAAUUGUAUAAGAAAAUGUGUAUUGAAAAUUGACGGGUUAAAUAAUGAGUUGCAUUCCACAAUGUUCAAGUGAAUUAGAUGGAAUAUCCAAAUCCGAUUUAGAUCGUUUUACAGAUUCAAUCGAAAAUUUAUUAUCAAAUGAAGCUGGUCGACGUCUAUUUCGACAUUUUUUAACAAAAUGUAAGUUUAAAAAUGGCAAACGAGUAUUGGAUACAUAUGAAAAAAUUAUUGCACAAUUAAAUAAUGAUUCAAAAACUAUCACAAGUGAUAUAGUUUGUGAUAUUUUGGAUGAUAUUGAUAGAAUAGAUGCUUUUGAUUUCGCUGUAGCUGAAAAAAUGGGCUUAGCUAUUGAAGCGGGUGCUAAUAGUGAAGAUUUAAAAACUGAUUUGGCUUUAGCACGAAAUGAAUGUGUGAAGAUUUUACGUCAUGAUUAUGAGAUAUUUCGUAAACAUUAUUCGAAGAAAAGUUCUUAA